AUGUAUCGAUCUCUGGUGCUGGCAGCCGCAGCCCUAACGGGACUCGCGAAUGGCCAUCCUGUGAGGGAAGAGAAUCUGCUUCAACAUCACGAGUUCUGCCUUCUGGAGACCCUCGUCGUGGACAUCCUGAGGCUGGAUUCAAAGGCAGACGCUUUCUGCACCAGCGUUCUUAACAUUAAGACCGCAACGAAGACACUCAUCACCACUUCGACUCCUGCUGUCGCCACUGACACUGCCACCGAAUACACCACGGGCACCGUGACGACUACGACUACGGCGACCGUCACUGAUACUAUCAGCGAUUUCUUCACUGCCACCGAGGUGGAUUUCCUUACAGUUCCUGUGACGGAAGUCGUUGAUGUGACGAACACCGUCUCGACUACGGUGACUUUCGAUCAAACCGAGACUGCCACUGCUACGGAUUACUUUACGGCCAUUAUUACGGACACUGUGUCCGACACCGUCACUUCAACAGUCACCGCUACCUCUACUGCUAUUGUUUAUGACCGCCGUAACAUCAGAGAGCAUGUCGUGUUUAGGGCCGCGCCCACUCCUUUCUGUUUGGAGAGACUGGAUAAUCUGUAUUUCACUAGCGCUUGCUCGUGCUUGAAGCUAUGUACGCCGACUGUCACCACGCAUGUUACGGUGGUGGCGGCUACUCCGACGGUCACUAUCACAACCACCCUCCCUGUGACCGCCACCGAGGUCGAUACUGUGACGGCUACAGCUAUGGCUACGACGGAUAUCACGGACACCGAAACGGUCACCUCCACUGUUCCUUCUACUGUCUAUGCAUCUUCCUUCUUCACCGAUGUGGAGUCUAUCUCGAGUACUGACUAUGCGACCGUGACUGCCACUGCUGACUCGACUGUCACCGAGACUGCCACUGUCACCACCGACGUUGCCGUGUUCACCACUGUUCAAGCGGUUGCCACUGCUACUCAGGUCUGCACUGUUCUCGCGAUCGAGAAGUUCAUCCUGGCCGAUACCGACCAGACCACCGUCGCCGAGGCCAACCUGUACUCUGGAAGCGACAUCAUCGUCAACACGAACUCCUUGUAUCCACCGUUCACCAAUCCUUACCCCCCGACCGACCCCUGGUACGGAAACCUCCCUUGUCUGUCCAUGCUUUUCACGUGCGAUAGCGAGCAGCGGGUGUUUAUCAACUACCAGGACGAUGGCAGUUUCACCAUUGUUCCCGGUUACCUCACCUCGUCCCCCUCGACUUACGCCGUUUCUGCCACUGUUCCUCCUACCGGCUGCACCAUCACCAUCUACGCCGUUGUCUGGGGUCUUGGGUUGAUCCCUGAUAGCGAUGUCAUCAGCGCCCUGUACAGUGCUCACAUCAACGGUGAGGAAUUCCAGUGGUCCAAUACCUUCUUUGGGACGGAUACCUGGUACGGCUAUAAGAAGGCCGGUGCUAUCUACUACACCGAUGCCACCGGUACCAUGCAGGCUGUCUACGGCAGAGAAGGCAGCUAUGGCACUAUCUGA